ACCUCUCAAUAACUGGAACGAAACCGAUGAACAAUGAAAUGACUUGCGCAGGAAAGAGGAGUAAGGCAGAGUUCUGUUGCAUUUCUCACGAAUUCUUUCGAACAGCGUACGCAAACCCUAACAAAAUCGCAGUGAUUCAUGCUACCGGCGGGGCGCACCUUAGCCGGGAGUUUCGCCGGGAGAAUUCCACCACCACGGACUUCAACGGCGACAUUGCCGCCCUCUUAGAGAAGCACGUCGAGUCCAUAUCUCCGCCAUUUUACGACGGGGACCGGUGCUUCACUUACUCUCAUGUCUUGGAUGCGGUUCGUUCCCUCAGCUCACGCCUCCGCUCUAUCCUGCUUGGUGCGGAUGACCCACACUUGAUCACUGCACAAUCUCCAGGUAGCAAUGGUGUCAACUGUGAAAAGAGAACUGUACAGAAACCUGAGUCCUUGGAAACUGUCAUGCCCAGUGAAGAGGCGAUAGCUGAAUCAAGUGAAGAGUAUAGGCCAAAGAUAGUGGGGAUUUAUAUGCCUCCUUCUGUUGAAUAUAUCGUAGCUGUUCUUUCGGUACUUUGGUGUGGGGCAGCCUUCCUGCCUCUAGAUCCUUUUUGGCCAAAUGAAAGGAUAUUGUUUGUUGCCUCUUCUUCAAACGUUGAUCUCAUUAUAGGAUCCCAAUAUUCUUUUGGUAAAAGAAAUUUGGAGAAGCUUGAUGAAUCACAUUGGCUGGUAAAGUCAAGUAGUUGUCCAGUUUUGAAUUACUCCAUUGACCAAAAACUACAGGAUUGUAGUGGUCCAACAGAUUUGGCAUGGCCAUGUGUUAAUGGAAAACAAAGAUCAUUCUGCUAUGUGAUGUACACAUCUGGAUCAACUGGAAAACCUAAGGGAGUGUGUGGCACUGAACAAGGUCUUUCUAAUCGUUUUUCAUGGAUGCAAAGAAUGUAUCCUCUGAAUGGACAGGAACUGUUGUUGUUUAAGUCAUCAGUUAGCUUCAUUGAUCACCUGCAAGAAUUUCUCAGUGCUAUUUUGACUGCUUGUGUGUUAGUUAUUCCUCCUUUCAACGAGCUAAAAGAAAAUGUGUAUUCUAUGAUAGAUUUCCUGCAGGCAUAUUUUGUUAAUAGGCUCACAGCCGUUCCAUCACUAAUGAAGACUAUUCUUCCGGGAUUGAAAACCAAUGCUAACAUGCGAGUUGAAAAUUCAUUGAAAUUGCUUGUGCUCAGCGGUGAAACUUUUUCUUUGACCUUGUGGGAGAUGCUUUCAACUAUAUUACCGAAGACAUCAAUCUUGAAUUUAUAUGGAAGCACUGAGGUCUCUGGUGACUGUACAUAUUUUGAUUGCAAGAGAAUGCCAUUGAUUUUUAAGGAAGAAAGGCUAACCAGUGUUCCAAUAGGUUUACCCAUUCCUAACUGUGAUGUGAUUCUUCUUAGUGAAAAUGAUGCAUCAAAUGAGGGAGAGCUAUAUGUUGGUGGUCAUUGCAUCUUUAGGGGUUACUACAAGGAAUCUAAGGAAAUGUCAUUUGCAAAAUUGCUUCCACAUUACAGUUGUGGUGAUUUUGUUAAAGGAUGCCAAGAUAAAUUAUACUUUAGAACAGGUGAUUUAGUCAAACAGUUGCCUAGUGGUGAUUUUGUAUUUUUGGGAAGAAAAGAUCGCAUUAUAAAAAUCAAUGGACAGCGUAUUGCCCUAGAAGAGGUUGAAGAUUUGUUAAGGGAGCAUCCACAUAUAAACGAUGCUGCUGUAGUUUGUCGAAAUAAUAAAGCAGAACUUGUGCUUGUUGAAGCCUUUAUCAUACUGAAGAAAAAAGAAAGCUUGGGUGAAUCAUUAAUUCCUGCAAUCAGAAGUUGGAUGAUUAACAAACUUCCUUCUGUUGUACUUCCCAACCGUUACUUCUUUAUAGAAUCAUUCCCCCUGUCUCCUAGUGGUAAGGUUAAUUAUGAAUUGUUGUUUGGCUCAGAAUUAUUGACAAAGAAUGUCAAAGAUAAAGUUGGUGACAUUGACUGCAGCAAUCUUUUGCAACUUAUUAAAAAGGCAUUUCAUGAUGCUUUGAUGAUUGAAAAGGUUUGUGAUGAUGAUGAUUUCUUUAUGAUGGGCGGUAACUCUCUUUCUGCUGCACAUGCUGCUUACAGUUUGGGGAUUGACAUGAGAUUUCUUUACUACUAUCCAAGUGCUCUUAAGCUUUGUAUGGCUCUUCUCCAGAAAAAAGGAUCUUGCACUUUGCAUAACAGUCUGGACUUUUGUUUGCAAAUAAACACAGACAGACAAGAUAACCAUAUUUCUAUUAAUCAUACGGAAAAUUCUAGUCCUCUUGAGUCUAGGAUGACUUCCAAAGAUAACAAUGAUGGUCCGUUUCCUUCUAAACGUUUAAAGAGGGGUUUGACAGAUGUUACAUCAUGGGGUGAUGAAUUAUUCCCAUGGUAUUCCCCUUCAGUAUUAUCAUUCUCAUUGAACCGAUGCAACAAGAUCUUGCGUAAAGGGCAGCAGGAAGUAAUUGAUACGCACCAAAAUACAUGGUCUGCUGACAUUCCAAGAGGCAACAGAGGUCACAUGAAAGACUUUUGGAAAGUUUACAUGGAGUCUUGUGUUGAUGCUUCACCAAUGCUUGUGUUUAAAGGCACACACAUUUAUUUGUUCAUUGGAUCUCACUCUCAUAAAUUUCUCUGCAUAAAUGCUAGAAGUGGUUCUGUCCAGUGGGAGAUCAAACUGGAAGGGCGAAUUGAAAGUACAGCAGCAAUUGUUUCUGAUUUUUCCCAGGUUGUUGUUGGUUGUUACAUGGGAAAAAUAUAUUUUCUUGAUUUUUUGAAUGGACACAUAUGUUGGAUUUUCCAAACUUCUGGUGAGGUAAAAUCACAGCCGGUUGUAGACAAACGCAGACAAUUGAUCUGGUGUGGCUCACAUGAUCAUAACUUAUAUGCUCUUGAUUACGAAAAACAUUGCUGCGUAUUCAAGCUACCAUGUGGAGGCAGUAUAUAUGGGUCACCUGCAAUUGAUGAGGCUCGUGACUUGCUUUAUGUGGCCUCCACUGGUGGUCGUUUAACAGCUAUAUCAUUAUUGGCUUCUCCUUUUACUAUUUUGUGGCUAAAUGAAUUAGAAGGUCCUGUGUUUGGUUCUCUUGCAGUCGCCCACAAUGGAACUGUGAUAUGUUGCUUGGUAGAUGGUCAUGUUCUUGCAUUGAGUCCAAAUGGAUCCGUUGUUUGGAAGAAAACAACUGAUGGUCCAAUAUUUGCUGGGUCAUGCAUACCUUCUGUUCUUCCUGAUGAGGUGCUUGUAUGCUCCAGAAGCGGAAGUGUAUACUCAUUCAAACUGGAGGAGGGGGACCUACUAUGGGAAUACAAUGUUGGACAUCCAAUUACAGCAUCUGCUUAUGUUGACGAGCACUUGCUGGUGGAGUCUGAUGCUUCCAAUUCCUCAGACAGGCUAAUUUGCAUUUGUUCCAGUUCUGGAGGCAUACACCUUCUUCGAGUGAAUAUGAAUCUCUCCAAAGAUACUUAUCAACAAAGAAAUGUGCAAGAAUUUGCAAGGCUAAACUUGGCAGGGGAUAUAUUCUCUUCACCUUUAAUGAUUGGUGGUCGGAUUUUUGUUGGUUGUCGGGAUGACUACUUGCAUUGUAUUGCCCUUGAAAUUUCAAAACAACAAGAAACUUAAAGUUUAUAUAUUUUAAAUUUGGU